CAUCCCCAUCCCUCCAACUCAAUCCCAAACCACCCUAACCACGCCCAUCACGUCAAUUGCAACCCAGCACCUCCAACCACCCCCUAUUCCUACCCACCAUACAAUGCGCCACCCCUAACAACCAUCCACCACCACCACCACCACCAAAAUGCGUCUCGCCCACCUACACUACCCCGACAUCGUCUCCUUCACACGGGUGGCCAACCUCCAACAAACCCUGACGAGCCGACUCCUCGCGCACAAGAAACACCUUACGCCCCAAGCCCCGGACCCCACGAUCAUAACCUUCACCCCAAACCCAGUGUACACGACCGGACGCCGCGACCUACCACCCUCAAACACCUGCCCCAACGCCGACGCCAACGCCAACACCAACAAAACCAACACGCUCUCUCUCCCGCCAUCCCUCGAACCCAUUCGUCGCCUCCUCACCCCGCCAUCUCUUUCGACCAGCACCCCACCCCCCCAUGACCAUGACCCCACCAACCCGCUAGCAGAAUACCACCCGACCCUCCGCGGCGGCCAAACAACCUACCACGGCCCGGGCCAAAUGGUCGGCUACACGAUCCUCGACCUCCGACGUCUGGGCCUCACCCCACGGUGCCAUAUCCGAUUGCUCGAGAACAGCGUCAUCGAUGUACUCCGCGGCUAUGGGGUGAUGGGUCAGGUUACUGAGGAUCCGGGGGUUUGGGUGUCUCCAUCUCCUUCAACCGCCACCUCAACGUCCAGCUCAGCCCCGAAGAAAAUCACCGCGGUCGGCGUGCACCUCCGGCGGAACAUCAGCAGCUACGGGGUGGGAUUCAACGUGACGCGGGAGCCGAUGUGGUGGCUGCAGCAGAUCGUGGCGUGUGGGCUGGAGGGGCGGGAGGCGACGAGUUUGGAGGGGGAGGGGGUGCAGGGGGUGAGUGUUGAGGAGGUGGCGGGGAGGUUUGUGGAUGCGUUUGUGGCGAGGGUGAAUGCGGAUUUUGCGUGUGGGGAGAAGGAGGGGGCGGGGGCGAGGGGGGAGGGGAUUGAGGGGGUUUAUAGGGUUGAGGAGGAGGAACUUUUG